GGUUUUUCUUCGCUAAAUAAACGAAAUUCUCUUCCAUUUCGCUACGAUUCUUCCGUGUCUUUUUUUCUUUCUCUCCAAGUAAAUGCUCCCUUUUCUCUCCCUCUAACCAGUCCUUGCCAUUCGUAUGUUGUUCCUCCCUUUUCGCCUAAUUAAUAUUACUCUUCAAUUCCAUCUAUUUUUUCUGCAUUUCUGUAAAUUUUAGAUCUAUUUUUCAAUGAGUUUUUUGAUAAUCAAUCCCGAAAUCAAAUCAUUCAGGAAAUAGUUUGAGAAAUGGUAUUCUUCAGAAGUGUUUCGUUGCUGUCGAAGCUUCGGACUCGUAUUACUCAGCCAUCCAGUCUCAACAAUUCUGUCCGAUGGCUUCAAAUCCAGAGUUCUUCCGACCUUGAUCUUCAUUCUCAGUUGAAGGAGUUGAUUCCAGAACAACAGGAGCGCCUGAAGAAAAUAAAGUCAGAUUAUGGAAAAGUUCAACUCGGGAACAUUACUGCUGAUAUGGUAAUUGGUGGAAUGAGAGGAAUGACUGGAUUGCUGUGGGAAACCUCUUUACUCGAUCCUGAUGAGGGAAUCCGUUUUAGGGGACUUUCAAUCCCAGAAUGUCAGAAGGUAUUACCCGCCGUACAGCCUGGUGGAGAACCAUUGCCUGAGAGCCUCCUGUGGCUUCUUUUAACUGGGAAGGUACCCAGCAAAGAGCAAGUAGAUGCAUUAUCAAAGGAAUUGCGAAGCCGUGCUACUGUUCCAGAUUACGUUUACAAUGCCAUCGAUGCACUUCCUGUUGCAGCUCAUCCAAUGACUCAAUUUACAACAGGGGUUAUGGCACUUCAGGUCAAGAGUGAAUUUCAGAAGGCAUAUGAGAAGGGUAUAUCAAAAGCAAAGUACUGGGAACCCACCUAUGAGGACUCCUUAAACUUGAUUGCUCAACUUCCAGUUGUAGCUGCUUAUAUUUAUCGAAGGAUUUAUAAGGAGGGAAAAGUCAUACCUGCAGAUGCUUCUCUGGACUAUGGUGCAAACUUUUCUCACAUGCUUGGAUUUGAUGAUCCUAAAAUGCUAGAGCUGAUGAGACUAUAUGUAACCAUCCAUAGUGAUCAUGAAGGUGGAAAUGUCAGUGCUCAUACAGCUCAUCUAGUUGCCAGUGCCCUUUCAGAUCCUUAUCUUUCCUUUGCUGCAGCCUUAAAUGGGUUAGCUGGUCCUCUUCAUGGCUUGGCUAACCAGGAGGUUUUGUUAUGGAUCAAAUCUGUGGUUAGCGAGUGCGGAGAGAAUGUAUCCAAGGAUCAGUUGAAGGACUAUAUAUGGAAAACUCUGAACAGUGGCAAGGUUGUUCCUGGAUAUGGGCACGGGGUAUUGCGCAAGACAGAUCCAAGAUACACAUGUCAGAGAGAGUUUGCAUUAAAACAUUUGCCUGAGGAUCCUCUCUUCAAGCUGGUUUCGAAUCUCUACGAAGUUGUGCCUCCCAUUCUUCUUGAGCUAGGAAAGGUUAAGAAUCCUUGGCCCAAUGUCGAUGCUCACAGCGGAGUGUUACUGAACUAUUUUGGCUUAACCGAAGCAAGAUAUUACACCGUUCUUUUUGGGGUCUCUAGAAGCAUUGGAAUUUGUUCUCAGCUUAUAUGGGACCGUGCCCUUGGCUUACCCCUGGAAAGGCCAAAAAGUGUCACCAUGGAGUGGCUUGAGAACCACUGCAAGAAGGUAGCAGCUUGAUGCUGAAAUUCUCGGAUCGUUUGAAGCUAUACUUUGUUUAUACCAAUUUCCUCGGUAAUAAUUGGCCAUGCUGGUCUGGUUGGUGUGGUGGAUAGCAUAUAGUAGAGAGGCUUUUUGUUGUUUGGUAUAGCCAAACAGGCAGAUUACUUUUAAAUGUUUUGGGGAUAAAUUCUCUAAAGUGUCUUUCACACCCAUAAUGUACUGUGAUCUGAAACUGAUAACAAAUCUACUUACAUUCAGUAGCACAUCUACCAUGUCUGUUGUGAUCUUUUAUGGCAUAAAAUGAGUAGCGUAAAAGGAGGGGAUUCCCGUAGUGUACAAAGAGGGAUGUCCAAUGUGAUCUGUCAUAAAAUGAAGUAGGGUAAAAGGAUGGGACCUGUUUUCUUAUUUUGAAGUUCAAAUAUGAGAUUUAUGAAUA